AUGGCGGCUGAUUUGACAUACGAAGGUUGUAAUUUUUUCCGACAAAGACUUGUUUUGGCGACGCUUAGCGGUAAAUCGGUGAAAAUAAAAAACAUAAGAGCUGUUGAAGACGAUCCUGGGCUGAAAGGUGCGUCCAUUAUCGAACUGAUUAAGAAAUCACAGCCCUUUCAGCUGCUGACUUCGGCUGUAAAAAACUUAUAUAAAAUAUGCUUCGUGUUUUGUUGUCAAAUUUGAGAAUUUUUGCUGUCUAUAUAACCCUUUAAAGACUUUGAAGCAAGUUUUAUACGGCUCCUGGACAAGGUAACAAACGGAUCACGAAUAGAAAUUAAUGAAACAGGUAAGUCUUCAGAUAAUUUAUCAGAUAAUUUUUGUUAUUUGUUUAUAAGAUUUUAAUGAAUGAUAGCACUGCCCGGCCAGGUAAUGUCCAUUAUAGAGGUCCUAUUAGGGGUUAUCGGGAUACAGAAUAAAACAUUAUAGGGAUACGGGAUACUUAAGGAAAAAAUUAAAGGGAUAUUUAAAAUAUAAUUAUAUCCCAGGAUGUAAACUUGAAUUUUAGGAUAGAAACUAGAGGAAGUAAUAGGAUACAGGAUGUUUAAGCCAAACAUUAAUACUAUAGGGGACACCUGGACCCCCCCCCCCUUCCUAAUGGGGUCAAAUUAUUAAAGCUAUAUUAUUCUUAUGUUUGGUUAUUUUGUUUCCUUUUCCAAAGGUACAAUGCUGUUUUAUAAACCUGGCCUGUUAACUGGAGGAACCAUUGACCAUGACUGUAAUCCUCAAAGAUCCAUUGGUUAUUACCUAGAAGCAGUGGUGCUGCUGGCACCAUUUUGCAAGAAACCUAUCAGACUUACUCUGAAAGGAAUAACAAAUGACAGACAUGAUCCAACAGUAAGCCAGAAAUAAUGUUAUAUUUUUUUAUUGCGGAGAAUUGACCCUUUAAGCCCUCAGAGUGAUGAGCUUCUGACUUCUCCUUAAAGUACACUGCUGUAUAAUUCAAGAUCAUGAGAAUAACAGAAAUGAUCACCAGCACAAGAAGCUUUGACUGUUGGACAAAUGUUCCUUGUCAUCACCAAAGCAAAUAUAUAAAGAAUAAAACAGUACGUCAAAUAUGGAUACUGAUGUGAGGUUGUAAAGAGUUAAAUACAAAAAUGAUCAAAUGUUAAUUCAAAUUUUGUGUUGAUAUUUUCCAGUUUCUCUCUGUUUUGUAAAAACUCUCAUUUCAUAUCUAACAGUGUAGACAGAAAUAAGAUAGAAAAUGAGCUUGUAUAGAGGUGCAUAAUUAGAUUACUUCUGAGAAAUGUGCCUUUCCUAGAAUUUGAUGAUUGCUGAAUUAUGUUAUUUUAGGUUGACAUCAUUAAAACAGUUACUCUCCCUCUGGUAAAGAAGUUUGUGGUGGAUGAUGAAGGCUUAGAUUUAAAGGUAUCAUUAGCUAUUAUUAAUGAAUUUAAUUAUUAUUAUUAUUAUUAUCAUUAUUAAUGAUUUUCCAAGUAGAAUUUUAACACAUGCAAAAGAUUGAGUCAUGCAUUAAUUGUACCAUCAGUGAACUUAGUUGGAAAGAAAGUUAAAUAAUAUGACUCAGCUGCCUCUUUCAACAGGAUUGAAUAUAUCUCCUCUCCUUGAAGUAGUCAGCUAAGUUAUGUAAUCAACAAGGUCACCAUAAUAACUAAGCAAUUCUAAUUAUGUAUAUUGAAAUAUUAGAGCAGAGAGUAGAGGCGCACAUCAAGAUACCUCAUAUAGUGCCCCUUAAUUUAGGAUAAAAAGUUAUUCACUAAACUAGGCAUAACUAAAAUGGCUUAGAUCAAAGAGGAAGACAAAAGAUGAAGUACAUCAAAAAUUAAUAUUGAGUCAAAUAAUAUUGUGAAAGUGCUUUUUUCUGGUUAGUAGAGGAAAGAGGACUGCAGUAGAUCAUUCUUACCAAACAUUAUAAGGGCCAUAUUUUUACCAAAACAAUGGAAUUGGCCAGGGCAAAAUUGGUGUCUAAGACAAUCCCAUUGGAUUUGAACUCCUUUCCUUUCAUCAGUUUCUUUAAUUUGUUGCAAUUGAUUUACAUGGCUGUUCAAAACACUAUGAAAUAUAAUAUUAUCAUUUCAUUGACUUUUUUUGUCACAGAUUGUGAAAAGGGGAGCACCUCCAGAGGGGGGAGGGGAGGUGGUAUUCUCUUGUCCUGUGAGGAGAAACUUGCGGCCAUUACAAUUCACAGAUCCUGGUAAGAUAAAAAGAAUAAGAGGCCUUGCGUAUCCUUUACUUUUUCCCUUGGUAUAAGUGUUAUAACUUUAUUACAGAGACUGUAAGAUCAACUGCUUACUUAUUAUUUUUCUUGUAAUUCAUAUUGACUUGUAUCAUUCUUUAUAUUUUUCAUACCUCCUUGAUAGUGUUUUUUGUUAAAUUUGUCAGCAUUUUUCCUCAUCAGGCACACCUUUUCUCACAUUUCCAUACUGCCUGUUAAUUCAAAGUCCUCUUGUAUUUAAAGCCAGUUUCUAUAAAUUAUCACUUUCUAUAGAUUAUCACUUUUUAAGUCAGUUUACCAAAAGUUGCUCUUGGCGCAGUUCUCUUAAAUAAUUUCUGAUUUUAGCUUCAACAACUUCUUCUAUGACUAGUAUUGCUGCUGCCAAAAUAAAAUAUAUUUUGAGUUGUUGUGAUAAUGUUUUUACUGUUAUAGAGACCAUUUCACAUAGAUCGCUAUUUUUUUUUGAUAAAAGCUGAUUGCCUUAACCAAACCUUAAACAGGUAUGCUAUGAGAGUUUCUCCAGCUAUUUGUAAUAGGGUGGUUGAUGCAGUCCGUGGUGUUUUGAACCAGUUUGUGUCCGAUAUCUACAUUUAUACAGAUCACUGCAAAGGAGGUCAAUCUGGAAAGUAUGUCAUUUUAUAACAAACCUUUAACUUUUUUACCAGGGAAUCAGCAUGUUUCACCAUUAUUCAUACAUUAAAUAUCCACAACAAGACAAAAAAUUAUCUUUCUAUAUUUCCUUACUGAGCAUAAAGCUUACCAUCUUCUUCUUCUAUUUACAAAAUGUGGUGCUAUCGACAUUGCUGAUCCUAGCAGAGUGCAGGAUAUGUGUCAUAUAUGAAAUUCAUAAUGGGCCUUAGAGUCUCUGUGGCUCAGUGGUAGAGCAUGGGAGUGUGGAAUCUGAAGGUUUGAGGUUCAAUUCCUCAUGGGGACUCAGAAUUUUUUCUUUGUUCUGUGCUCAUGAGAAGACGACAACCAUAUUUCUUAAUUUCCAAAGUGGCAAAAUUUAUGAGAAGUUUUACUACUCCUCCCCCUCCCCUGUAAGGGGUGACCGUCCAUUGUAAAUUGCCCUUGGCAUUUUUAGAUUUACUUAAGAAGUUAUCAGUACCCAUUCAUACUCUUGAGCAGAGAGAGGAACUGUGAGAGUAAGGUGUCUUGUCCAAGAAGGUAAAGUUAUAACGCUUGCUAGUUCUCACGCCCAGAUUUGCUCAUGCAACUGAGUCAGUGCACUGCUGUUGUGCUGGUGAUAUUACGAUAAGCAAGCUUUUCAGAGUCUCUUAAAACCAGAGAUGCAAUGUGUUCUUUUGUCAUAAGCAUGGUACACCAUUAGUCAUCAGAUUAAUGAUAAUCAUGAUUAAAAAUGUCUUCCUUCAGGUCACCAGGGUUUGGGAUCUCAUUAGUUGCAGAAUCAACAACUGGUGCCAUGCUAAGUGUUCAGACAUCAUCUACCCCAGUAGGGAAGGGUCAGCCAGUUGUCCCUGAGGAUCUUGGCAAACAGGCAGCUGAAAUGUUACUUGAAGAAAUUUACAAGGUAAGGUUUUUCCUGCUUUGGUCAGUUUCUUUAUUUAUACUUGGAUCCUUCAUUGGCUCAUGAUAUGUUCCUUUGUUCUGGUUGGCUACUGUGAUUGCUUUCAGUUUUGGAUGUACGACACUCAAUCAAAAUGCACUGCAUUAAUAUCUCUUGGCAGCUGGUGAUCAGGCUUACACUCAUACUAGCUUUCAAAACAAUGAUUAAAGUAUAGCUGUAUAUUCUGAAACAAGACUCACCAUUAUUAUUUAUCUUUCUCCUUUGAUAGGGAGGCUGUGUUGACUCUCGCCAUCAGAGUGUUGUUCUCCUUUACAUGAUUCUGGGACAAAGGGAUGUUUCUAAAAUUCUCACUGGUCCACUGACUCCAUAUACGUAAGUAGUUGAUAAUGUCUCUCAGUGAAAAGAGUAAAUAAAUUCACACAAUUUUCUGUUUGCUGGAGUUAUGAUCUGUUGUGUGUUAUUUGGAAAGAUUUUUUUAACUGCUUGGCAUCAGUCUGGCUCUCAUUCAAUUGCACAAAGGAGAGUAGGGAGAAGGAGGAGAAACAGAGAGAUUGAAAAGUGGGAAGAGGCAGUGUUAGGGAGUAUGAUGGAGGACACAGGAGGAGACAGGGAGGGAGUGGGAAUGGAGAGAGGAUAGAAGCAUUGUAGGGGGUAUAUGGAGGGCACAGUGGAGGGGAAUGAGGUAGCAGGAGGGCAGGAGGAGGGAGAGAAAUUUAGAGGAGGACAGGGAGGGAGGGAGGGGGAAAUGGAGGGAGACAGAGGGGUGGAGAGGGAAAGAGAGAAGGAGAGGAGAUGAUGAGGAAGGAAAAGAUAAAGAAGAGAGGGGAGAUAGGAAGAAGGAGAGGGACAGGGUGGCAGGGAGGUGAGGUGUAGAUGAUGAUGGGAAAUGAAGACAAGUGCAGCUCAGAUAGAGAGGAAAGGUCGAAUGGAUAAUAGGAAGAGAGGGAAGAAAGGAAUAUGAUGAAGAAUAAGAAGGAGAUGAAAGAGAGGUGAGAUAGACAUGAAGAAAGGAAAGUGUUGGAAGGAAGGAGAAAUGGAGAAAAGUAAGUGGGGAGGGAGGGGAGAGACGGCUUGGUGGUGGAAGGUUCAUCAUCAAUGUCAUGAUAAAUGUUAUUAUUUUCUUUCUACUGAGUAAUUCUUUGAAAAUUUUCUCAGUGCUAUCAACUCUUUUACAGCAUUCAAUUUUUGAGGCAUCUAAAAGAAUUUUUUGGAGUGAUGUUCAAAAUACAAGCACAACAGAGUGAUGACGACAACAGUGUAGCAGGAGGAGAGAGUAAAAUCUUGCUAUCAUGUGUAGGGGCUGGAUACACGAACAUUAACAAGACUAUGGUGUAAACAAAAACAAAAAGCAGUGAAGUCAGGGAUAUUGAGACCUUGAUUCUGUGGG